GACGGCUCCCCUUGUCUAGUUUGCUAAAUAUCGCCAAAAAAGACAUAAAAUGGCUUUGCACAUCGAGGCGUUAACGAAGUAGUCAUCAAAAUGAGUCGAUUCAAGUGUAAACAGUGUUCCAAUAGCUACAUGGUUCGUGCCAGCCUAACGCGUCACAUGCGAGUACACACAGAUGACAGACGCUUCAUGUGCCAGUUCUGCAUGCGGUUCUUCAUGUGGAGCAGCACUCUCAAACGCCAUGAAGAUUCGCAUCACCAGGAUGAAGAGUACAGGUGCUGGAAAUGUGACAAAUGCUUCGAGUUCAGGGAAACUCUCGAGCUUCAUUACCGCCUCCAUGCUGACCCGAAUCAGCUACAGUGUCCACACUGUCCAUUCGAAACUUCGAAUGGUCAAACACUCACUGCGCAUAUUGAACGACACGAAAAAGAAAACUGUGAUGGAAUAUUCAACGAUUCGAACGGGGACGAACUUUUCGACGAUAACUUAACCACUCAAUCGAAAGCGGCGUGAAUCCCGUAGGGUUCGAUACGCGCACGUGGAUAACUUAUUCUCGACGUGAGUCAAAUUCAAGUGUAAGUUAUGCACAAAACACGCUCGAGUGUUCGUUGCAGUGUGUGAAUCAAUCAAUCAAUCAAUCAAUGAUUGAUUGGGUCGAAUUAGAGAUUGUCCUUUGCAAUUUUGUACCGCUACCAUGGCCGCCACAUGGACUUAUAUAUCAGUUUAAAAACGCAAAGACAUAUCCGGUGAAUUUGUAACAUAAAACAAUGUUCAAUAAAUUGA